AUGUCAAGAGGUACUUUGCUAAAUCAAAUUGAUAGAGAAAGUCAACCAAUGAUGUUGAAACAAACUGCGUUUGGUGCAAUUACUGGAGCACUUUUAUUAAUAGCGUUUAUAUUCUAUGUUGUGGCUCAAGCUGAUCCAAGCUAUGGCGUUGCUAAGGUGGGUUCAAUAACAGUUGGUGCAACUGGUCUAUGGAGUGAUAAUUUGGUUGAAAAUUGUAAUGGUGAUACUGCCUGUAAUAAGAUCAAAGCUGCACGUGCAUUUUUUGUUAUGGCAACAAUUGUAGCUUUUAUAGCUGGUGUUUUACUUCUCUAUAUAACAUUCAAAGCAACAUAUCCAAAAGUUUUAUAUCUUGCGUCAGUGGCCCUAGCUCUUGCAGCAUUUCUAUUUGGAUUAAUUGGAUGGGCGAUUGGUAUGUCUCAGUUCGUGCGAAGUCCUUGGACAAUGGGAGCAGCUUCAGCACUUGGUCUCAUCGGAUGGAUAUUCUGUUUGAUUGCAUUGGUACUGGCAGUUCUAAUGAGAGAACAUACUCUCAUUUAA